AUGGCAGACUCGAAGGAUCUGGAACAAGUGUAUUCGGAUCUUGGUAACGUACUGGAUCGCAUCGAUUCGGUAGAAAAGCAGAUGAGUGUCAAACUUAAAGAGGUAGACGGACCUGUUGGUGGUACUGAUCUCCAAGAGUUUCAAAAGGAGAUGCUGGUCAAGCUUCGAGCAAUUAGAGAUAAGAUGUUUGAGGAAGGAUCAAGCCUAGAACAGCUGCGCAAAGAGCGUGAUAUGGCCCGCAGCGAGCGCGACGCCUUGGUAAAGCAGGUGGACAAACUCAAUUAUCGUGUACAGCACCUAAAGCAGCACGUAUCUGUGCCAUCCCCUGCCGACAUGAAGCUCUAG